CACAAUCUUUCCUUUUCCGGUUAGCUUGUCGUGUUGACAACAAGAAGUCUUCCUUUGUAGAUAAGUGAUCGGGUCCCAUCCUCAAGAAUAAUUCACGCUUUCUCUCAGAUCAUCGGACAUGGGAAGACUAUUAAGAAAUUUCUUUCUUUUCCUCUUAUUGGUAUUACCAUCAACAAUUAACUUCCUGAAUACAGGAGGUUGCCAGAAUGGAUUAGCAAUGGCAGAAGAUGCUGAUCCUGUUGAAGGGGAAGAGGAAGAAGCCACUGUAGAAACAGAUGAUGGAGCAAGCGAAGAAGCAGGGACAGUUGAAACAGAAUCUGCUGUAUCAGAUAAAGGAGAAGAAGAAGAUGAUGAUGAUGAAAAACCAUUGAGUGCAUCACCUUUUGCUGAUACUUACAUUCUUUUCAUCAAGCCAGUGACAUCUACAGAACUGCCAGCUGGAAAGCCUGUUCGGAUAUUAGUUGGUUUCACGAAUAUUGGCAAGAAUGACUUUACUGUUGACACUAUGGAAGCUUCUCUUAGAUAUCCUCAAGACUUCUCAUUUUAUAUCCAGAAUUUCACCACAGUUCGUUAUAACCAAGCUAUAGAGCCCAAAAGACAGGCCAGCUUUGAAUAUGAAUUUAUCCCAAAUGAAGCUUUACAUGCUCGACCCUUUGGACUUGUUGUGAAUAUAAAUUACCAGGAUGCAGAAGGUAACUUUUACCAGACUGCUGUAUUCAAUGAGACUGUCAAUAUUGUUGAAACUGAUGAGGGCCUCGAUGGGGAGACUUUCUUUCUCUAUGUUUUCUUGGCUGCUGUCAUUGUCUUGAUACUCGUUGGAGCCCAGCAACUUCUUGCUUCAUUUGGCAGAAAGACGAGAACAGUAAAGCCAAGAGUGACUGUAGAACUUGGUACAGAGAAGAACGAUGUAGAUUACGAAUGGCUCCCAAAGGAAAUACUUCAAGAAAUGAACCGAUCCCCCCGCAGAGGGACCCCAAAGGUAUCACCAAGAAAGCGCCGUCAAAACAAGCGCUUUACAGGAGCUGGAGAAGAAUAACCGAGUUGUUGGUUAAACCAAGAUUAACAAUUCUUAAAUUUUCUCCUUGCCAUGUUGUUAGGAGAGAAACUUUUCUACUUCUAAAAAUAAAAUUUAUUCCACGAAAAAAGUCCAAGUUCCCUCAAAUUAUAAGUAGGAUUUUCCCUUUGUAUGAAUGUUGAACUAGAGGAAUAAAAGGACUUAAUUUCUAA